ACAUAUUACAUAUAUGAUUAUCGUAUCGAUUGUAAUUUCUACGUCUUUUACUUUCUUACGAACACCGGUGCCACAGUCGGCAUUUGCGCAUUAUCAGCACAUUUUCUAUAAUAUUUAGCAACUUUUUGAGACGACAAAAUGGUAGUAAGGACUUACCAGGAUGAACUGAAGUAUCUGGAGAAGGUUGGAAACUGUGCAUGGAGAAUAAAGAAAGGCUUUGUAGACAACAUGAAUGUGGAAGGGCUGUUCUUUGUGAAUGAUUUUUUGGAGAAACUAAUGUUUGAUGAACUGAAGCAGUCAUGUAGGAGUGGUGGAUAUGGUGGUUUUCUACCUGGAAUGAAACAGAUAGGAAAUGUUGCUGCCUUACCAGGCAUUGUUGGGAGAUCUAUAGGUCUGCCAGAUGUACAUAGUGGAUAUGGUUUUGCUAUAGGGAACAUGGCAGCAUUUGACAUGGGAAAUCCUGACUCUGUUGUCUCCCCUGGUGGUGUGGGUUUUGAUAUAAACUGUGGUGUACGUUUGUUAAGGACAAACCUCACAGAGAAAGAUGUACAACCUGUGAAGGAACAGCUGGCACAGUGCCUGUUUGAUCAUAUACCUGUAGGUGUAGGCUCCAAAGGAAUUAUACCCAUGAAUGCAAAAGAUCUUGAAGAAGCUUUAGAGAUGGGAAUGGACUGGUCAUUGAGAGAAGGUUAUAUAUGGGCUGAAGAUAAAGAACAUUGUGAAGAAUAUGGCAGAAUGUUACAAGCUGAUCCAUCUAAAGUCAGUCCUAGAGCCAAGAAACGAGGUCUUCCACAGUUGGGCACACUAGGUGCUGGCAAUCAUUAUGCUGAGAUUCAGGUGGUUGAUGAAAUAAUAGAUAAUUUUGCUGCUAAAAAGAUGGGAAUAGAGUUCAAGGGUCAGGUGUGUGUAAUGAUCCACUGUGGCAGUCGAGGACUUGGUCAUCAAGUUGCAACAGAUUCCCUGGUUGUGAUGGAGAAAGUAAUGAAGCGUGACAACAUAUUAACAAAUGAUAGACAACUUGCUUGUGCCAAGAUCAAUUCCCAGGAAGGUCAAGAUUACCUCAAGGGUAUGGCUGGAGCAGCCAACUAUGCCUGGGUCAACAGAUCCAGUAUGACUUUCCUAGCAAGACAGGCUUUUGCUAAGAUGUUCAAUUCGACCCCUGAUGACCUUGACAUGCACGUGAUUUAUGAUGUGUCACACAACAUCGCUAAAGUAGAGGAACAUUUUCUAGACGGCAAGCAGAAGACACUUUUAGUACAUAGGAAAGGUUCGACCAGAGCUUUCCCGCCACAUCAUCCUCUUAUACCUGUAGAUUAUCAGUUGACAGGUCAACCUGUGUUGAUUGGAGGAACUAUGGGAACAUGUAGUUAUGUUCUUACUGGUACAGAACAUGGAAUGAAUGAGACAUUCGGAACUACUUGUCACGGUGCUGGGAGAGCAAUGUCACGAGCCAAGUCUCGACGUAACUUGGACUAUACAGAUGUAUUAAAUGCUCUCGAGGAGCAGGGAAUCAGUAUACGUGUAGCGUCACCAAAACUUGUCAUGGAGGAGGCACCACAAUCUUAUAAAAAUGUAACAGAUGUUGUAGAUACAUGUCAUAUGGCUGGUAUUAGUAAGAAAGCUAUCAAACUUCGACCAAUCGCUGUGAUCAAAGGAUGAUGUCACGUGACUGUUACUUGGUGCAAUAUCAUGACUAUUCUAACCUCCACAAACUGUGAUUGUGCCCAGCGUGAGAAGCUUGCUUGUAAUGGGCUUGUUCUUUUAAUGACCUGGAGAUCUUCCAUGUGUUUAAGAAUAAUGUUAUUACAUGUAUUAUCAUUAUCAAGUUUAUUUAAUUUUUUCGACUGGAUAUCUUUGUCUGUUUAAGGACAAUGUUCUUCUCAUCAUUAUCAAUUUUAUUGAAUUUCCUAUACAUGUUUGGAGAUUUUCUGAUGUCGACAACUUUACUGGCCUUGUUAUUUUCUGCCAAAGCUUUGUGUUCAUGAUCAUUAUGAUAAAUAAUUGUGGGAAAUGGUUCAUGUACUAAUUUCAUAACCGCAUCAAGGACAUAAUAUUUUAAUGCUGAAAAUGAUUGUUUAAAGGUAUAUAGGUGAAUUUGUCUGUAAUCAGCAACAUAAUUAUUUCUCACUUGGUAAGAAUCUUACAACUAAUUUAACUUUGAGCCUGCUGACGGAAACAAAUUCUAUCCAUGUAACCUAUGCAGAACAAGAUCAUAUGGCACAUCUGUAUUUAAAAAUGAUAAAUGGUUUUGUCCAGAAUGAAAGAUGGACAAGUCUAUUUAAGAUAUUUUGGGUGAUACAGGUUAAAGAGCAGAGUCUGUAAAUUUCCAUGAAAAGGAGCAAAAUCAUUACAUACUAUAGUGAACAGUCAGUUAAAAUACUGGAGACAGAAAUGAAAGGUUUAUAAAUGUAUAUGUCAAUUUAUAAUUUUGUGUUCAGUAUGUAAACCAACUGUAAAAGAUAAAUAUCAAGAUGGUUGUAUGUAAUUGGUCAGUGUCAAACUGCUUUGGCUAGUAUUCAACGAAUGCCUACAUUUGAUAUUGUAAUAAUAUCUCAAAGUAUUACAUAGGGUUAAUGGUCUUGUUAGUGUUAACAUGUGGUGAAAUGGUUCAGAUUUUACUUUGUGAAGAUGAAAUUUUUGUUAUGUGUUUUUAACAUGCAAGUAAAAUGGUACAUCUCCAGAAAAGCAAAAAUAUUUUUUCAAGAAAUAAAGCACAGGAAAAUAAUGCAUGUAUUUAAAGUAAUUUAUAAUUAGUCCAGGUAAAAGUGUUAUUAUAUGCACUUUAUGACAAAAUUUACAAUAAUUUAUCACCAAAAUUCAUGUUAACUACUACAUUGUUACAAAGGAAAGGGUGGAAAAAAUUAGCCUUGAAAAUUCAGUGCAUAUUACAAAUGAGCCGCGCCAUGACAAAACCAACAGAAUGGGUUUGCGACCAGCAUGGAUCCAGACCAGCCUGCGCAUCCGCGCAGUCUGAUCAGGAUCUAUGCUGUUCGCUAUCAUUUUCUCUACUUGUUAUAGAGUUUGUUAGCGACCAGCAUGGAUCCUGAUCAGACUGCGCGGAUGCUCAGACUGGUCUGGAUCCAUGCUGGUCGCAAACCCAUUAU